UUGUUCAGAGACACUGUUUGGAUAACUGAGUGAUGUCUGGUUCGCCGCUUUGUACCUGUUACGACUUGUAAGGGCGUGCGUGCGUGUGUGUGUGUGUGUGUGUGUGUGUGUGUGUGUGUGUGUGUGCGUGCGUGCGUGCGCACGCGCGCUCCCAGGUGCAGAUCGGGCGCGGCCUCAGCGCAAAAAAAGCGAAGUGUCGCGAGCGCCAUGGCCAUGAACGAAAGGGCCGCGCGAGCUCUGAGGGAAAUCAUCAAGCGUCAAGGCAACGGAACGUGUGCGGACUGCGGAGCUCCCGACCCAGAAUGGGGAUCCUGUUCCUUGGGAGUGUUUAUAUGCCUCGUUUGUUCCGGCAUCCACCGUAACAUUCCCAACAUCGGAAAGGUCAAAUCUGUCCUACUGUCAAACUGGGAGGACUUGGAAGUUCAGUUCUUGGCGGAGAACGGAAACGAUGUGGCCAAAAGUAAAUUCGAGGCUUAUGUGCCAGUGUACUACUACAAACCCACUCACAAAGACUGCCAAGUCCUGAAAGAGCAGUGGAUCAGAGCUAAGUACGAGCGGCAGGAAUUUACCCAAGACGCGAAGACUCUGGUGUACGAACAGGGAACCAGAGAUGGGAUGCUAAUGAAGAGAGGGCGAGACAACGGACAGUUCUUCAGCAGACGAUUCGUCCUGUCUGAAAGGGAAGGGACACUUAAGUACUACAUAAAGUUUGAUGCUAAAGAACCUAAAGCUGUAAUAAAGGUGGACACCAUCAACGCCUCAUUUCAGCCGGAGAAGAUCGGCAACCCCAACGGCCUCCAAAUCACUUACCUUAAAGACUACAACACGCGCAACAUCUUCCUCUAUCAUGAAAACAGCAAGGAAAUAGUGGACUGGUUUAACGCGAUUCGAGCCGUCCAGCUUCACUACCUGAAAGUAGCUUUCCCUGGGUCUUCUGACAUCGAAUUAAAACCCAAACUGACGAGAAACUUCUUGAAAGAGGGCUACAUGGAGAAGACAGGACCAAGGCAAACGGAGGGUUUUAAGAAGCGCUGGUUCACGCUAGACCACAGGAGAUUAAUGUACUUCAAGGAUCCUCUGGAUGCAUUUGCUAAAGGUGAGGUGUACCUGGGUCACAGAGACCUGGGUUACAGUGCCAGUCCUGGCUUACCAGCCAGCAGCCAAAGCAACAGCGCCUGGCAACAUGGCGUCACCAUAGUGACCCCCGAGCGCAGUUUUCUGUUCACCUGUGAGACAGAGGCAGAGCAGCUGGAUUGGCUGAAGCACUUUAAUCAGGUCCUCAGCCUGCCGAUGUCACCACAGGAGUACAGCAUGGAAGCCCUCUUCAAACAUAAACACUGACUGAUUUACGCACUUUUCUCGGCCCCAGCCUGACCUAUCACCUCUUGAUAUACUCAAGAAUGAAACACUACUGGUUUAUUUUUAUACACAGGAGAACUUGAGUACUGUUAGGCCUAGCGUGUUUACCGUAAUUUCCAAGCCAAGACGCCGAGAAGAUCAGGAUCCUUUUCAGUACCGGUCACUUUAAAAAGUUUUGUUUUUUUGUUUCUUUAUUGUUUAUCUGUAUGGAUUCGAUAUUGGAUUGUGUUGGUGUGCCUUAAUAGUUAUUGAUAAUAUACCAAACUACUGAUUUUUAAACAUUAGUUUAAAUUGCACAGCAGGAGAUUUGUUUUGUCCUGAGAUGCCCUCUACUGGUGAGGAAAUGCCAUGUAACUCUGAGGUUUUAUUUUUAAGGAAAAAUCCACCUUGACCUGUAUAUCAAUUCAAUAUUAUAAUUAUGUUCAGCAAAAAUAAAUAUCUUGUAUCGAUAUUAUGACUUGUUUGGUUUAAACCUAUUGAUUCCCACAAUUUACCUUCUAGAGACAGUGAUGCAGCAGAACUUUAAGGACUCAACAAAGAAGAAAGCUUACAGGCUCACAAACUCACUGCAGUUUACUUUAUGCUGUACUCCAGAACUGCAGAUGGCGAUAUGAAAAUUUAGCAUUAUCUCCAAUAACAAUUGCUGCACCUCAGUGUCAUCUAUCUUAAAAUACACCUGUAUGAAUACGGCAUGCACUUCCUGUAUUUCCAGGGAUUUCAGAACAGCGUAACAGAUGUUGUGUCAUCGGGUAGGCGUGGCCUAUUUGAUAAUAUAAAACCAACCCUAACUGUAGUUUUUGGUUGUUUAUUUGUUUUCUAAAAUAAAUCUACCUGUAUGACUGUUUUGUCCUUUGUAGUACUGUAUGCUCUUUUUUUUUUUUUGAAAGAGGGCGUUUUUCCAAGACCUCCGGAAACACGCCCUCUUUACGUCAUGGUAACGAAACCCCUGGAAUUUAGUGAAUGCCGUGUGAUAGCACGUCACUUAUAACAACCGAUCACAUGCUUGGUCUCUGCACAAAUUAUUCACUACAUCAACGUAACUGCCCUAGCGAUGCCCACUUAUGAUGAGCAAGAACAGACAUUUAAAUAUUUCCAAAACAAGUCUAGUUUUUUUGGCGUUCAGGGUGGAUUUUUCCUUUAAUUUAACAAAUUUGGACAUGCAGUGUAAUUUGUUCUUGUUACUUUUUGUACUAUUAUUGGUUUUUAAACUGAACUUUCCACCAGAUGUUUAAUACAAAGGAAAUAUAUAACUGUAAUCUAAAUCUUCAGAAUAAAUACAUAGACGAGCGUC